GGCAUUACGUGGCUGCUGGGCUCGUGCGGGAACACCAAUUUGAGUUGGCGUUGGACCAUAUCGAAAACAUGGAGAGAAGAGACAUAGUAGUAGAGGGCUGGCUUUACAAUAUGCUUAUCUACUACCUCUGUGAGUUCGGGGAGUUUGACGAGAUUGUUCGGCUUAUGCGACUGCGGGUAAACCAGGGGCAUACUAUCUCGAAAGAUCUGUGGCGGCACGUGUUGGAUGCUGCGAGUGCCGCUUCUCACCACGAAUCCACUCAUUACAUAUGGCGACAGAUGGUGGAGCUGGGAUACCUGCGUCCGUCAUAUAGCGUCUGCCAGAAUGUCCUCACGGUGGCAUCCCGUACAGGCGACACGGAGCUCGUCUCGUCGGUGAUACGGCUCCUAGCCGAGAUCGAAAUGCCUUUGAGCUCAGAGGACUACGAAAAAGUUGCCGAAGCCCAUGUGGUGCAAGGCGACCUUUACUCCGGGUUCGAAGUCCUGUGCAGGAUGGCCGCGGCAGGCAUUGCCUUGCAACCAAGCUCCACGCGCGCCAUCCUCACCUACAUGAUCCAGGAGAGGAUGCAACCACGGGAUGCUUGGGCGAUUUUGAAACGACUGAAAUCAUCAGACUAUGCGAUUCCAUUAAAGUGCGCCCACGUCGUCCUGGAACUUUGUGAACACGAAGCUCUCCACGACUCUUCCUACCUCGAUGAAGGAGUGACGCUUUACAAAGAGCUCUACGCGCUCUGUCCAGACAAGGCCGAUGUUAGUGUCUUCAACACAUUGGUCGGCAUGUGCCGACGGGCGAAGAACACCGACGCAGGCAUGUUCAUCAUCAAGGAGAUGGCAUCGCUCCGAGUCGUGCCCAACACCACCACAUUUGAACACCUGAUCCUCAUGUGUCUGGACGCCGGCAAUUCCGAGUCCGCAUACAUGUAUUUCCAAGAUCUGCUCGCGCGGGGUUCGGGGCUCAGCGAGGACGCGCGCGUCGAGAUCCGCGAGCAGUGUUCCCAGCUCGAUGGGGAUUUCGCCCAGCAACUACGACAUCACCCCGAGAUCCGGGGCAACCAGAGGGAAUACCCGGAAGAAUAUCCACCCCUCACGCAGAGGGGGCCGUCUAAUUGGACGCCAGAGUCUCCGGGGGAGUUUCAAAAACGUACUCCAAGACCGGUGGAUAAAGAGGCGCGGCGCGCGGAAAGUAAAGAGCGCCGCAAGCGAAAGCGGAGACGCUUGGCUAUUGCGCGGGCUCAGGAUGAGGACGACUGGAUGGACUAUAAACCCGGGGGGCUCGUCCCUGAUCCCAUACCGGGGGAUGAGAAAUAGCCAUCCAAGUGAUCUUUUCCAUUGCAGAUAACAGCGACAAACCGGUGGCAGUAUCACAGUAUACUACCAUCACAUCAUGUACAUUAGCUAGCAUUCUUGGAGCAUAUUGAUAAAAUGGUAUUGAGCGGGUAACAUGGAAGCAGAAUACGGUGUAGUUACGAGA